AUGGCGCAGGCGGGACGCUUGGGCCGCAUGAGGCUGCCCUGGCAGAACGUCCUGUGCGUGUGCGUCUGCGCUGUUCGCGUCCACCUGCUGUCCGCCUGCAAGAGCGGCUGCGAGUCGGAUCCGCUCGGCGACGGCUUCGUCAAGCGUGUGGGCAGCGAGCUGGUCGACGAGGGUGACAAGAAGUUCCGCUUCGCCUCGAUCAACGCGCCCAAUCUUCACAGAGUGGAGGUCGAACCAAAACCAGCUGAGUGUUCCCUCCGAAAGUGCUCCGUCGAAGAGUGGGUUCGUGCUCCCUCGGAGUACGAGAUACGGGAUACCCUCUGCAGCAUUCGGCAAAUGGGCGCUAGCGUGACGAGGAUUUAUACCUUCUCAUACGGAGAUGGCCCUGGCUUUCAUGUAAAUCGCGACGGUGUUUUGAACGAGGCUUGGUUUCGAGUCUUCGACCAGAUGCUGGCAAUUGCGCGCGACGUGGGCGUAAGAUUGAUAGUGCCGUUAAUCAAUACAAAUUGGAUCGAAGGGUGGGGUUCUGUGUAUGAAUAUGGCGACUGGGCCAACGAAGCAGGGUACAGCUUCUUCCGCUCGCAAUCGCAACGGGCCAUGUUCAAGGCAACGAUUGAGCUGAUCUUGAAUCGGAACAACUCGCUCACUGGGCGGAGGUAUGCAGAUGACUCGUCGAUUCUCGCCUGGGAGCUGGGCAACGAACUGACAGAUGAUGAAUUUCAUGGGUUCCCGGUACCUGUGGAGUGGACCCGGGAUGUCGCGCGCCACAUUCGGAAAUUUGAUCGUAACCAUUUGUUGAUGGAUGGCGGGUUCUUUUCCACUCAAGUGCUCGCCGUGACAGAGAUCGACAUCGUCGGUUCGGGCUGGCGGAUUAUGCCCAACCGUAUUUGA